GGAAGAGGAAGACGAGCCUGCAAUAGUUUUGGCUUGUAGUCUACUAGACUAUUGCAUUUUUCUUCUUCUUCUUCAUAUUUUUGAGAUGCAACAAACUCGACUACGACUAAGUAAGGAAUAUUAUCAACCAAAAAUCUGAAUCAUACACAAUAUGACCCUCUGCGCGACGGGUGUUGUCCCGUCCACCCUGUCGAGGGAGCACGACGAGAACGACAAGGAUGAACAACAAGAGACUCCCGAAGCUCCUGAAAAACCGGUGGUUCGAUCAUCAAGGGGAGCAACAUUAAACUAUAUGGCUAGGAAACUUGGAUCCCUCGACUUCUUAUCUGUUCCAAGGGGAUCCACGACACUUUGGGGGUCCAAAGUCAAGGGGAACCACGACACACCGAUCAAGAAGCAACGGCUUCUAGGAAACCUGGAUCACUCUUCUACGAAUGGUUCAAAAAAUCUGAUCUACUGUAUUUUGAACCAUUCAAUCAUAGACAGGAGAGCCAGUCCACAGGAGAAGCAACGGAUCCAGUAUUUUGAGCCAUUCAUAGACGGCGGUGUUAUCUGGGUUUUUUUCCUGAUUUUCCUGUGUGGAUUGGAAACCGUCUUCUACCUGGUCUUUCAGGUCUGGAUUAUGGCUACUGGACAUUCCUUCAACAAUACGAAGUAGAGUUUUAUUCUUUCUGUUUACCCUUUCCCUUUAUUCUGCUCUUCUAAUUCUAUGUACUUCUUACAACAAACUUCUUGAAGAUCAUGGUCCUCGGGCACCAAACAUGGUUCUUCUUGUCGUACUUCUUCUUCCCCACAUUCUUCUAAUCCAAAUACGGCCGUUGCCAAAGAUCCAGAAGGUUCGCGCUUUAGAGGAGUGGCCAACGAGGCAGUCGCAAGUCUACAGCUGACCUGCUUCAUCGCAGAUUUUCACAUUAUCACUCGAUUCUGGCCUACUCUUUUUGGGUUGAUAUUACGGCUGCUGCUUCAAACUGAGAACAUGGGUUUAUAAGUAGGUUCUUUACUGUAGUGUACUGUACUGUUACCUCAAAUCAAGAAGUAGAGCAUGCUAGUACUGUUACCUCAAGUUGUAAGAGUAACGGGACAACAUUCUGUUCGUUCUGGACGCAUGUGUACGACUUCGACAGCGAUGAACAAAAUGAUGCACGACAUGAAUUAGGUGGAGCGACUACAUCGCUAAGAGUGGGCUUGGGCUAUGCUUGCUAUCUUUCGGUACGCUUGGCGAAGAAAGGGGUGAACAAUUUUAUCAGUGGUUCGGCGAAGGCGAAGAACAAGGGUGGUAAAUCGUCGGUCAUCUUCAAGGUCAGAAGUAAACGACAUGAAGAUCAUGAAGAUGAACAUCAGAGCACUUCUAGUAGUGCAGGAGACAUUACACCAAAAAAAUCUUCGACCAAGAACACCACGCAGAUGGACAAGACUAGUGAGGAGAAAAGUGGUACGCCAACAACUGCUGGCUCGGGUGGUUCCGGCAUUUAUUUUACAAAGAGUCCUAUUAACACAUCCCCCGGCAUAGUGGAGCUAGAAAGCCCAACUACCUCUACCAUUACCACUAGUGGAGAAGGAGAGCAAUCUUACAUCCUAGUCGAGAAAAUCCGUGAAGUCGCUCAGCAAACACUGAGACGACGAAGACAGGGAGAGGAAGCUUCCUCAACGUCAAUGGUCGAGGGAGAAGGGGAAGGAGAUCAUGAUGAAGACAGGGAAGGGGAAGGAGAUCAUGAUGAAGACAAUAAGUUAGAUGCCGUCUGCAGAGUGGAAGGACAACGGCAGAUGUGGUAUCUUGUGCUUAUGACUGAAACUAUAGAAGUAAAAACUAUUGAUCAAUAAUCGCACGAGGAAUACAUAGUAAAUAUUGAUCAAUAAUCAUGAGUCUCGCUGACGAGAGGGUUCAUUCUUUUUGAGUUUGUUUUGUUGUUGAGUUUGUUCAUUUCCUAGCACAUGCUAGCAUGCUCUUCAUCGAAGAAGAUGUUGGCUAUUCGUAAAGUUCUAAGUGCCUGAUCUUCAUUAUUUCAAUAAUGAAAACAAAAACAUCAAACCAUUUCACCACUACCACGUAGUUCUUGAUCUAUAAUGCCUAUGACGCUGAUUUCUAAUAUUUUCGGCGGGGCCGCUUGCAUGGCAUUUCUGCUUUAUCUGUUACUUCUCGUGCUCCUCAACUACCGGACGCAUGUGCUUUGCCGGCAACUGACCAAGAACGAAGACAAAUACGACAGAGCUGUUAUGACAGAAGAAUAUGAAUAAACUACAUACGAUGAGCUGCAUAAAUACGACGUCGACGAGGAAAGGGCGUUUAAUAUUUGAGUAAGUAUCAGUACGAUCAUGCUAGGGCUGUUAUAACAGAAAAAGAAUAAGAAAAACAUAAUGUGAGUAUAUUUUUAAAACUGAAAAUGAGCGAGUUAGUGACCACUGCAAUGGGAGAGUUCGCUUUAUUGCAAGGCUACUCUCAUUUCAGUCCUAUCUUCUGCGUCAUUCUAGUCAUUUACUGCCUUAUUUCAGUUUUUCAAAAGCAUAAUGUGAGUACUAUACAAAUAUAACCUACUACUUGAAAAAUUAAAAUUAUAUGGUUUUUCCUAGUUGAGGGCUCCGUCACUAGAAGUAUCUUCUAAUCUUUCGCCAAUAACUGAGUAUGAGAUAGGUGGACCACCGGAUUAUGGAAAGCCUGCAGUUAUGGAUCCUCUUGGAGAGAGUGCGUCUUCUGGUGAAUACCCUUUGGACGUCGAGCCGGACGCUGUCUACGUGGACCUGAAAAUGUAUCGUUAUGAAAGAUGAAGCAGUGCUGUAUAAGUCUAGUUGUACACCUAGAGAAGUCGUAGGUCCAAUCUGAAUCGACUGAGUAACAGCAACAUCUACUGCGUCAUUGUAAUAUUUAAGUCUAGCGCUACUAGUGCUUCUAUUUUUACUACGUUGGUCGGAUUAGAAGCUAGGUCGUCUCUACAACUACAGAUAUGAUAGAAAGAACGACGCGAAUGCUUGACGUUGAACUCCUCGAUCAUGAUUUGUUCUAGAUCAAGAUGAUGACUUCCUGCAUCUUCUAUCCAAUUCGUGACCUUUAAUAUGAAGAAGAUACAAGUACAACUCAUUCACAUACGUCUCUUCUAUUCACAACUCAUAUUCCUCGUCAAACAGGAGCUCCUUCUAACCUGUCCUCUCAAACGAUAUGGUUGCAAAGAUCAUCAGUCGCAGUCCUAAGGAGGCCAGCGCCUUAGUCAAAGCAGGCAAGAAAAUGCGAUGUGCCCAGUUAGUCUUUCUUGUAUGAUGCCAGUCAACAUUGAGAGCGAAGAUAUAAUGGGAAUAUCGUUCCACCUAAAUAAGAUGGGACUAAAAACUGAGAGGAACGACAUUCCCCUGUAAUCGACAUUCUCAAUGAGUGGAAGCAGUCACUUCGCGGGAUGAGCCUGGUGCUAAGUUUGGCUACGGUUUUUUUCUAA